CCGGCGGAAGUCGGCAGCAGCGGCGCACGGGCUGCUGUUUUUGUGCUAAAGCUAAAGGUUUAAUUGACACAAAUUUCAGUUUUGUUUUGUGUUUUUUUUUGUUGGUGUAAAAUGGCGAACAGAACCGUGAAGGACGCGAACAGCAUCCACGGCACAAACCCGCAGUACCUGGUGGAGAAGAUCAUCCGGACGCGCAUUUACGAGUCCAAAUACUGGAAAGAAGAAUGCUUCGGUUUGACCGCGGAGCUGGUGGUGGACAAGGCCAUGGAGCUGAAGUUCGUGGGCGGAGUGUUUGGAGGAAACAUCAAACCGACGCCGUUUCUGUGUCUGACGCUGAAGAUGCUGCAGAUCCAACCAGAGAAAGACAUCAUCGUGGAGUUCAUCAAGAACGAGGACUUCAAGUACGUGCGUCUGCUCGGGGCCAUGUACAUGCGUCUGACUGGAACAGCGGUCGACUGUUACAAGUAUCUGGAGCCGCUCUACAACGACUACCGCAAAAUCAAGACCCAGAACCGCAACGGAGAGUUCGAGCUGAUGCACGUGGACGAGUUCAUCGACGAGCUGCUUCACGCCGAGAGAGUCUGUGACAUCAUCCUCCCCCGACUCCAGAAGCGUCAGGUUCUGGAGGAGGCUGAGAUGUUGGAGCCGAGGGUCAGCGCUCUGGAGGAAGAUCUGGACGAAGUGGAGAGCAGCGAAGAAGAGGAGGACCCAGACGAGAAGAUGGAGCGGGUGGCGAGCCCUGAGCCUCAUCGCCGUGGUUACAGAGACAGUGAUCGUCCUCGCAGGUCGCCGUCGCCGAGAUACCGCCGCAGCCGCUCGGAGAGUCCUAACCGAGUGUUGUUUUGCAGGAGGAGUCGAUCUCCAAAGAGACGCAGUCCGUCUCCGCGCAGAGAACGUCACCGAAGCAAAAGCCCCCGACGCCACAGGAGCAGGUCCAGAGACCGAAGACACCGCUCCAAGUCCCCAGGUCAUCACAGAAGCCACAGACACAGGAGUCACUCCAAGUCUCCAGAGAGGAGUUCGAAAAAGAGCCACAAGAAAAGUCGGCGACACGAGUGACGCUGGUUUGUUUUCCCCUCGCCUCACGCUGUUGUAUAAAACUUUUUGUACAUUUUUAUGUUAAGAAAAUCAUUUCUUUUUAUUGGAAGUGUGAUAUGACUUACAUUUGCAAAUGAAGGUGAACAACCAACAACUUGGAAUAAUAAAUAAUAAACAAUUUCAUGUCA